GAGGCUGGCAGUGAAUGUUACUCGGACGUCCAAGCUUCCGAUAAUCCGAUAAUGUCAACCAUCAGCCUCCCUCAACGACCUUCGUAUCACAUUUAAGCACAACUCUACACAACUUUUGCCUACCCACCCCUGCGAUACGUGAACAUACCGGACAGAAAUUGUGAACAGAUGCUUACUCGGUCGCAAUACUAUCUGUGAUCCAGAGACUCCCCUAUGACAUCUAGCGUCAUUUUGGACAUCAUUGAGACAAUUAUGUCCAUGAUGCUUUCAGUGUUAUUGCAUCUUCUAUCUAUUGCUCUUGAGAUCAUGGACCUGUUCACGACAAAUCUAUUUCACUUUAUAUCGUCACGGUUCAUGCUUUCACCUAGCAGCGUGUUUGAACCCAGAGACAGCGCAGUCGUGAUAGUGGGAGGCCAGCAUGAACUGGGUCGAACCAUUGCAUUGCACCUUUCAGAGCUGGGAUAUACCAUCUUCUCCCUUUCUUCGUCCCAUCAGCAUCCCACCUCUGAUCAUGGUCCUCAGAGUUCUUCACUAUCAACUGCUAAUCUGGUGUACGAAUGGCACAAGAAGAAAGAACGAUCACCCUCCAUGCCAUGGGGUGUUAUUGCACCUAUAGUACUUGAUACACAAUCAGGUCCAGAGCGAUAUCGUGCUGCAGAAACCGUCCAGGCUUACUGCAUGAACAAUUCGCUACACCUUUCUGCCGUUGUCUUUCUUGCCACAGAUGAUCUUUCUGUCUCUCUCAAUGACGAUACGUGCCAGACCAUAUCUCCGUACGCCUCCAAGUCACCCUGGAAUUCAAAUAGAGCGCAGGCCUCAAUAUGGGCUGAUGCGGCGGCACAGACAUUUAAGGACCCUAUAAUUAUCACACAAGAUUAUGUUGAGAUGCUAGCGGAAGCCGCUGGACGCGUAAUCUUGGUCGUUCCGAGCAUCCUAUCCGGGCUUUCCCCAUAUCAGGAGACUAGCCCGGUUGUUACCAGCUAUCUACGACGGCAUCUGGCGCCAUUCGGUGUUAGGAUUUCUUCCCUUGUGGCUGACCGACGUGAACCACCGGAGAAUAAUGCCACACCCGCGCCUCGGCGAAGUCAGGCAAAGACUUCCCCAUCGUACUCUUACUCUGAAGAACACACUCUAUCCCCCUAUCUGAUUAGACGUUUGGGGAUGAGGGUAUAUAAAGCUAUCAGGAAAUGCGCCGUAAGCCAGGAGCUCAUCGCAGGAUCCUUGGAACGUAUCAUCUCUUCGAGGUACCCCAAACAUCACUAUGCGAUUGGCAUGUAUUCGCGCCUUUGCGCAGUGCAUGACGGUAUCCUGGAUAUCAUGGACCUCUUCAUACAACUACUUGCACCAACUGAUGAAUGACUUAUGCAUAAGUAAAUUAUUAAUGUAUGUAGAGCGGUAAUACGUAUUGCAUCGAUAUCGAAGAGGAACAGCGUGUGAAUUUCCAUUCGUCAACGACAAUC